GUCGCCGCGGCUCCCCGGCCGUGUGGCUGUCCCCGGCGCUGUCCCCGAGCCCGCGGCGUGCAUGGCCCUGCGCGGGCGGCGAUGGCUGCGCGCUGAUGGCCCAGCCCGCCGCGCUCGCCAUGGCUGCCAGAGAGGAGCUGUACAGCAAAGUCAUCCCCCGGCGGAACCGCCAGCACCGCGCCGGGACCAUCAAACAUGGCUCGUCGCUGGAGAUCCUGCUCUCCAUGGGCUUCCCCAAAGCACGGGCACAAAAAGCGCUGGCAUCGACAGGUGGAAGGAGUGUUCAAGCAGCAUGCGACUGGCUCUUCUCCCACGUGGGUGACCCGUUCCUGGAUGACACCCUGCCCCGGGAGUACGUGCUGUACCUGCGCCCCAGCGGGCCCCUGGCGCAGAAGCUCUCGGAGUUCUGGCAGCAGUCGAAGCAGAUCUGUGGCAAGAACAAAGCUCACAACAUCUUCCCCCACAUCACCCUCUGCCAGUUCUUCAUGUGCGAGGACAGCAAGGUGGAUGCUCUCACGGAAGCCCUGCAGGCCACGGUGAUGCGCUGGAAAUGCAAAUUCCCCGCCCCGCUGCCCCUGGAGCUCUACACCUCCUCCAACUUCAUCGGGCUCUUCGUCAAGGAGGAAAGUGCUGAGGUGCUCAAGAAGUUCGCUGCAGACUUUGCUGCAGAGGCGGCUUCCAAAGCAGAUGUCCACGUGGAGCCCCACAAGAAGCAGCUCCACGUGACCCUGGCCUAUCACUUCCAGAGCAGCCACCUGCCCACGCUGGAGAAGCUGGCCCAGAGCAUCGAUGUCAAGCUGGGCUGUGACUGGGUGGCCGCGAUCUUCUCCCGCGACAUUCGCUUCGUCAACCACGAGACUCUGCAAGUGAUUUACCCCUACACCCCCCAGAACGACGACGAGCUGGAGCUGGUCCCGGGGGAUUUCAUUUUCAUGUCCCCAGUGGAGCAAACCAGCACGAGCGAGGGCUGGAUUUAUGGCAUUUCCCUUGCCACGGGCUGCUCGGGGCUGCUCCCUGAAAACUACAUCACCAAGGCGGAUGAAUGUGGCACCUGGGUGUUCCAUGGGUCCUACUCCAUUCUGAACACCACAUCUUGCCCAUCCCUUCAAGCCUUUGCUGAUGGGGCUCUGGAGAGAAGGCAGCAGGAAGACCAAGGGCCAGGGGACGCUGGGCCACUCACCAUCAUCUGCCAGAACGUGCAGCCCCUGAGGAUCAGCAGCCAGCCGGGCCCUCAGAAGCGCUGCCUGUUCGUCUGCAGGCACGGCGAGAGGAUGGACGUGGUUUUUGGGAAGUACUGGCUGUCCCAGUGCUUCGAUGCCAAAGGCAGGUACAUGCGGAGUAACCUGAACAUGCCUCACAACUUACCUCAGAGGAGUGGUGGUUUCAGGGAUUACGAGAAAGACGCUCCCAUCACCGUGCUGGGCUGCACCCAGGCGAGGCUCGUGGGUGAAGCCUUGCUAGAAACAAACACCAUCGUAGACUACAUCUACAGCUCCCCAUCCCUGCGGUGUGUGCAGACAGCCCACAACAUCCUGAAAGGAAUGCAGCAGGAGAACAAGCUGAAGAUCCGGGUGGAGCCCGGCCUGUUCGAGUGGACCAAGUGGGUGUCCGGGAGCUCCCUGCCCGCCUGGAUCCCGCCGGUGGAUUUGGCUGCAGCCACGCUGAGCGUCGAUACAACCUACAGACCUCACAUCCCUGUCAGCAAGCUGGCGGUGUCCGAGUCCUACGACACCUACAUCAGCAGGAGCUACCAAGUGACGAAGGAAAUCAUCAGCGAAUGUAAAGGCAAAGGAAAUAACAUCCUGAUAGUGGCUCACGCAUCCUCCCUGGAGGCCUGCACCUGCCAGCUCCAGGGGCUGUCACCUCAGAACUCCAAGGAUUUUGUACAGAUGGUCCGAAAGAUUCCCUACCUGGGGUUCUGCUCCUGCGAAGAACUGGGGGACACCGGUGUUUGGCAGCUCACAGACCCUCCCAUCCUCCCUCUCACACAUGGACCAACUGGAGGCUUUAACUGGAGAGAAACCCUGCUGCAGGAGUAGGGCCAGCCCCAGCGAGGACAGCCUCUCCCAGCGCUGGAGAUCUCCUCUUCUCCCUCGUGUUUUAUUGCCAGCAGGAAAAUCCCCUCCUCAUCUCUCCCGUGGCUCGCUCCAAGCACAUCUCACCCAGCCACAGCCCUGCAAAAAGUCUCAUUUACACCAAAAUGGGCUGAUUUGAGGAGGGGGGGGGAAAAAAAUAUUGAAAUACAGCUUGAGGCUCUUGCACAGCUCGGGGUUGGUUUCCUCACCUUGAAGGAGCUCUGGUGACACUUUCACUGCCACUGCAGCACGGCAGGGACAAGGAGCCCUGUGUCAGGCAGGAUGCUGGGGUUGUUUUCUCACUGCUAUUUUUGCAAAGUGUCUGAAGCCUCGUUCAGCGCCUCGUGCUUGCUCCACUCCCAGCCCCCAAACCCUCAGCACCUUCCAGAAAAAAAUGAAAGGAUUUGAUUUCCUUCCCCAAGGCUGGAAAUGAGUCCAGCAUUGCCUCUGCAGGCUGCACCAGGUUAUUCCUCUCCUCUGAGCAGGCAGAGAUGGGAGUGCCCAAAAUGUGCUGGGUAGUGUGCAGGGAUUGGUUGAUAUAAAGGAAAAAUCUGGAUCAGAGGAAAAUUCCAAAUUUCACAUCAGUUGCAGGUGAAGUUUGAGCAUCAAAAGUCAGCACAACAAAAGCUGGGAGGAAUUUCUUUGAAGUGGAGAUAAAAGAAGCCUUUUCCAACCAAGCCUGGGGGAUUUAGGAAGUUCAGAUUUGGGUUUUUAGUCCUUUACUUUGGUUAUUGAAGUCCACCUGUGUGCCCAGACACAGCCUAAAAGGUUUGUGCUGUUUAAAUUCCCUUCAGGCUUUGGAAAAAGGGGUUUUUUUUCCCUUUUAUACUGGGAUUUUUGUGCUGGCCAUUCACCAGGAGUGUCUCUGUGUCCCUUUGGCAGCCCUGGUGAGAUUGUGCAGCCAGCAGGUUGCUCCAGGAAUGCUGGGAUGAAAAAGCUGCUGGAAUUCAGCUGGAAUUCUCAGUGCUGGAAUUCCCAAGUGCCACCUGUCAUAAAGACAAAGCAGCUAAAAAACAAAAAAAAAAAACAGUUUCAAUUUAGGAACAACAUGUGAUGCAUUUAUCCAGGGAGGGAAGGGUUGGGAUUGGGGGAAAGUGGAAGAGGAGGGUUUCCAUCUCUAACCAAGAAAUUUGGGAUCACCAGGGGGAUCCUCUUGGUGCCAGAGCCUGCAGGCUGCUAAAAAAUCCUGCAUCCCAAAAUACACCACAGAGGGUAUUUAUAACAUAAAGUGGCAGCAGAGCAGGGGCUUUUAGGAUUAGAAUUAUUAAAAAUUGUCAGCUUUGGUGAUCAGUUAUUUGGUGAUAAAUUAUCGAUUAUCAACAAAUUAUAGAUUUUUUGUGAUAAAAUUAUCUAAAAUUAUCAGCUUUGGUGAUAAAUUAUCAAUUAUUUGGUGAUAAGUUAUCAAUUAUCGAUAAAUUAUCAAUUAUCAAUAAAUUAUAGAUUUUUUGUGAUAAAAUUAUCUAAAAUGAUCGGCUUUGGUGAUAAAUUAUCAAUUAUUUUGUGAUAAAUUAUCAAUUAUCAAUAAAUUAUAGAUUUUUUUUUUGGUGAUAGAAUUAUCUAAAAUUAUCAGCUUUGGUCAAAGAAUUGCUGCAGGCACUUCAGCAGUGCAGGCUUGCAUUAAAACUGGGUUUAAAAGGGAUUUAGGCAAACUCCUUUCUUGCUUUGGGCCACAAGUGUGAGCACUCCCAGGAGCAGAAUCAUCCCGGAAUGGUUUGGGUUGGAAAAGACCUCGAAGCUGCCCCGGGAGCAGGGACAGAGCAGGCUGGCCUUGGAGCCUCUUGGAAACCACGAAACCACGAAACAACGAAACAAAGAGCAGCAUCCAAGGCACGCUGGGCUGCUCCAGGAGAGAUUUCUGCCGUCCCUGCCCAGCUCUGCCUCUGCUCGAAGUGCUCAGGUGUUUGAAAUGGGUGAGAUUUGGUGUUUAUCACUCAAAGAAAAAUCAAAUUCUCGCGGUGUUUUGGUGGAUUUUUCCCCUCAGGCAGGGCUGCCGACACCUCCCCCAAGCUGCCGCCACGACCAGGGGUUGACAAAGUGCAAUUCCAGCUUCCCAAAAGAGGAGAGAGAAUUGGGAUGGAGCAAAAUCUUCUUUGGAGCUCGCACCUCCUGUCCACACCCAGAGCCCAGCCUGGCCAUAGCCCAGCUAUUCCCACACUCCAUAGGAAUAUUCCAUUAUUUCUACUUUUAGGACUGUGUAACACACCUUAGGCCGCUCAUAAGUGCUUUAUUACAGCAGGGAUGGAACUGAAAAGUCAGGGAGAAAAUUUAGGACAGGGCAGAGAAAAAAACAAAACAAAAAAAAACAAAAACAAACAGCCUGUUCCUGUGUGGUUUUAUCGCUGUCAGGUUCACUUUUAAUUGUUAUUUAAACUGUUUUUGGCUGUCUACAGACAUUCUGAAGAGCAUUUCUUGUUUUCCUCCAUGCAAAAAAAAAAAAAAAAUCUACAUUAAAUACUUGACAAUCACACAAAAAAAAGGAAAAAAUUUGGUUGCUGAGGCGUGUGAAUUCUCCAGAUUUUUUGUUUCAUGCCAGCAAGGUGUAAAUUGGGGCAAGAAAUAUUGUUGUAUUCUAAUGUUUAUUGCUCAGAUGCUGCUGGAGUUGAGUGACAUUAAAAGGAGUUUCUUUAGGAGCACGGAACAGAGAGGGAGCAAAAGCUGAAUGCACAAUUGGAGUGGUGUUAGCUGCUCUUUGAUACAGAGAAAAAAGUGUCCUGGUUGAGGAGGUAGAUGUUAAAAUACUCUUCUUUAAAAAUAUAUAUAUAUAUUUUUGGAUGUUUGGGAAAUAUUUUGACAAUUGUAGUCUUGUCUCGAAUUAGGUGUCAAGAAUCACGGGGAGAAGAAUCUUAUUUUCUUCAGCAUUUUGAGUUUUCUUGGGGGUUUUGUGUUAAGCAGUCUGGUGUUGAAAAGGCUUUUUUGGAGGGAAAAAAAGAGAAAAAAUGUUGUUUCUUUUAAUUUAAUUGAGAGGUUAAGAAGACAAAAGAAUUGCUGCUUCACUUUCACCCCAUUGCUGCUCAUGAAUGUGGAUUUUCUGUCACUCAGUGGUUUGGCCCAGAACAUUAAACUUGAGCUCUCCAAAUUCUUUUCCUUCCCUGUGAGCUGCAUCACAUCCCGAGUUUUGUUCUAACAGCACCCCCCAGGUUUUUCCUUCUCCCCACAAUUAAGGCAAAAAAGCUGCAAACCUGCCAAGAACAAAUGGUUCAUCCUCAUAAUCGCAAUGUACGGCUUAGAAAAGGACAAGAAUUAAAUUGGCGUUACCCUCCAAUCAACAGAGCUUUGCUCGUUUAUGCAAAAUGAGGAUCCAGAGCGUGAUCAUUUCAGUAAAAAUUGGUAUUUCCCUUUUCACUCCCACUGAGCAGUUUCACACAGCAGUUGGCUGAGGCCAGGGGCCUCCUUCUGCUAUGAAAUUCGAGUGAAUUUAACGAGUGGCAUUUUUUAUCCCCAAAUAACGGCUUUGCUUUGUGCUUUGGGUUCCUUUCUUUCAAAAGAGGCGCAGAUUUGGAAGUCUCAGGUAGGAGGGACGGGGGAGCAGAGUGCUUGGGAUGGUGUCACUGAACAAAAGAAAUGCAAUUAACAGCGGCUGUUAAUUAACAGAUUGGCUGCAAAGGCUCUAAAUCACUUCUUGCUGCUCCCCACUUCCUCAAAUUCAUCCCCUGGGGAAUCUUCAUGACCCACAACAGAAAAUACUCAGCCAGUUCCUUUAUGACUUGCCAUUAAAAUGUAUUUUCUGAACUUUCUCUCCAUGGCAUCUCUUCAGACUCGAUGUUAUCAACAGCUCCUCUUUCUUUUGUUUUUGUUUUUUUGUUUCAUUUUCAACCUGUUGUAUCAUUCUGUUUAUUACGGUUUUUGGUUUUUUUAUUUAGUGUGAGCAGAUUGUAUUUAUUUGAGGGAAAAAAAAAUAGUUUGCUGUUUAAAAAAAAAAAAAAACAAUAAUUGUAUUGCCAAAAAUAGCUGUAAUUACCUGUGACAUCUGUAUUUUUUUAUUUUGGGGGUGGGGCAGGCAGGGGGGGUGGGUGGUUGUUUUUAAUCUCAGUUUUGACUGCUAACAACUGUUAAAACAACCACUGCAUUUUAAUUUGCUUCUCACAUUAAAUGGAAUUCUCAGAAGUCAGACAAAAAUAUCUCGUAGGUGAUUUAAUAAAGAUUCCAAGCGCCCUUCCUAUUUCAGAUUUCGUCCGGAGGGAGUGUGGUGGA